AAGAAGACACUAAAUACAUAUAAAAUCGUAGAGACUGGUUGUGUGGGCCAGUUCUAUCACGACUUUGGUGGAGAGUAGACGUGGUCUAGCGGACUGACCCAGCAUCAUGCAGCGCGUCACAUUAUUUCUAUUCGCGGUCUUGGUGACCGUGGCUCUGGCAGGGGGUCAGUACUACGUGCCGCGCUCGUAUUACACGAUCGACGCCGACGGACACCAAUCAGCUCCGAUUCCUCUGCGCAGACUGCGGCGCUCCUUCAACCCUCACCCGUACCCUUACCAAUCUGAGGCCAACGCAAAUGCAAAUGCUGAAGCUAAUUCAUGGGGUGGCAACGCUCGGGCUAACGCCAAUGCAAACGCAAAUGCCGGAGGUGGCGGUAGCUGGUCACGACCUGGCGGGCCAUACGGAGCUGUACACCCCACAGUCCUCAGCUCAGGUCAAACUCGAAGACAAACGGGACCAAUUUACGGAGCCAGAGGUAUUAGCGCAGGUUCCUCCGUGGGUAUCGACUCUACUGGUCAGGGAUAUUACGACCAAUACACAUCGGUUACUGAUUAAAGAAUAAAGGUUUUAUGCAAUGCGGUACCUACUAAAAUUUAUACAUUGGCCAAUUCUCUAUUUUCACCCUUAAAGCUCCAUUGUAUUUUAACGACGCUAAUAAUUAUAAAAACAUUAACAUACUUAUAAGUGAUAUUGUAGUAAGAU